UUCUGAAGCAUACAUUUCAAUUCUCAGAUACCGACAUACGAAAGUGAAGCCCUAAACCGCCUUGGGAGAGAGAAAGAAAAGGGGAAGAAAAAGCUAAAGAAGGCGACAGGUGUGAAGCUGAAGGCAAAUCUCUUUGGCUGGGUGGGAGAAGUCUUUAAAGUAAUUUGCAUUUCGGAGUUUUAAAGUAGCAUUUGGGAAUUCCAUUUUUUGUUUUGUGCCUAUUUUUGAAUUUCUCAAGCAAUGGCUUCCGAUGGUAGCAGCCAAUCGGAGAAGGCAAAGAUGGUGGCCACGUGGCUGGGGGUAGCGGUGGGAGUUUGUCUGUUAGGCUUGUAUUUGAAAGGCGGUGAUUUGGAUCAGUGGAGGAGAAUGAGGAGGAAGAAGAAGAAGGUACGUGUUUACAUGGACGGCUGCUUCGACAUGAUGCACUACGGCCACUGUAACGCUCUACGGCAAGCGCGUGCUCUGGGGGAUGAAUUGGUGGUGGGCGUCGUUAGCGACGCUGAAAUCAUAGCGAACAAAGGUCCUCCUGUUACUCCUCUUCACGAGAGAAUGAUUAUGGUUAAGGCCGUCAAGUGGGUGGAUGAGGUGAUUCCGGACGCGCCAUAUGCAAUCACCGAAGAUUUCAUGAAGAAGCUGUUCGAAGAGUACAAUAUCGAUUAUAUAAUCCACGGGGAUGACCCCUGUGUUCUUCCCGAUGGAACUGAUGCCUAUGCCCUUGCUAAGAAAGCUGGCCGCUACAAGCAGAUUAAGCGCACCGAAGGAGUUUCAAGCACUGAUAUAGUUGGUCGAAUGUUACUUUGUACGCGAGAGAGAUCAAUUAGUGAUAGUCACAAUCACUCAUCUCUACAAAGGCAGUUCAGCCAUGGUCAUAGCCCGAAAUUUGAAGACCGUGGAUCUGGAACUGGAGCCGGUACUCGCGUUUCUCAUUUUCUUCCUACUUCUCGUAGAAUUGUUCAAUUUUCGAAUGGCAAGGGGCCAGGUCCUGAUGCUCGCAUAGUUUAUAUCGACGGCGCUUUUGAUCUUUUUCAUGCUGGACAUGUUGAGAUCCUGAGGGUUGCUCGAGGGCUUGGUGAUUUUCUUCUUGUUGGAAUACACAAUGAUCAGACUGUCAGUGCUAAAAGAGGUGCACAUCGCCCUAUUAUGAAUCUUCAUGAAAGAAGUUUAAGUGUUUUGGCUUGUCGGUAUGUGGAUGAGGUGAUAAUUGGUGCUCCAAGUGAAGUUUCUAAAGACAUGAUAACAACCUUUAACAUCUCUUUAGUAGUACAUGGAACAGUAGCGGAAAACAUUGAAUAUGAGAAGGAACAAAGCAAUCCAUAUGCUGUUCCAAUUAGUAUGGGUAUCUUCGAGGUCUUGGAAAGCCCUCUGGAUAUUACAACUUCCACAAUAAUUAGGAGGAUCGUAGCAAAUCAUGAAGCGUACCAGGUUUACUUCGGGAUUCUAUCUUAUGUAAAAAUAGUGGAAACGUAAUGAGAAGAAGGCAGAAAGUGAGAAAAGGUAUUAUGAAGAUAAGACUUAUGUAUCAGGGGAUUGAGCCGAGAUCAGAUCACACUUGACAGUAGGUGAUUGCUUUUAUUAUUAUUAAUAACUUGUACUAACAUUACAUGUGACUCUUAACUGGUUGUGAUUUAGUUGCAACCUGAUUGUUAAGGUCACAUGCUGUUGCUGAGCUAGUCUUGAUAGGUAAUUUUUAUUUGUAUUUCUACCUUUUUUGGUUCUUACACUGCUCUUGGAAUUGGAUCCAAGGCACUGAUAGCGAAAUUGAGGAAUUGAAAAUGUGGGUUUGUUAGGAAAGACAUGUAUGAGUAGCAAGAGCAUCAGCAGUUGAGCAUUCAUCCAAUUACGUCAUCUCCAUGGAUACGACAUUAUUUAUUCAGUAUCAAUAAUGGAGAAUUUUACUAUUA